AUGGCUUCUGCAACAGCUUCUUCAGCCCGGUCCAUGAUCAGGACAUUUGUCCGCCACUACUCUGCACCGAUUGACUCAUCAAUCCCGGCAUCCAAGGCCAAAUACGUUCCUACAUCUGGAACAUACCCCAAGGGCUUCAAGGUUUCUGGCACGCAUGUCGGUGUCAAACCAGCCAACAAGUCCCAUCCAGACCUAGCAUUCAUCGUCUCAGACCGCCCAGCCUUCGGUGCUGCCGUCUUCACCACCAAUAAAUUCCAGGCUGCACCGGUUCAGGUGAGCAAGUCCGUCCUUGAGAAACGAGGUGGAGUGGGCCUGAGGAGUAUCAUUAUCAAUUCCGGUUGUGCCAACGCUGUCACGGGAGUCGGAGGGCUUGAAGAUGCUCAAGCAAUGUCAGAUACAGCCACUGCUCAGUUUCAGCAAUCAUCUCAAGCGGAGGACGGUCUAGGAGCGAAUAGUUUGGUCAUGUCGACCGGAGUCAUCGGCCAACGACUGCCCAUCAAAAAGAUCCUCUCUAAGAUUUCCUCCGCCUAUGCAAAUGUGGACGACACACAUAAUGCAUGGCUUACCACCGCCAAAGCCAUUUGUACCACCGACACAUUCCCCAAGCUCCUCUCCACGACAUUCACCCUACCCUCGCACCCAGAAACUGAAUACCGUCUCGCAGGCAUGACCAAAGGCGCAGGCAUGAUUCACCCGAACAUGGCGACGCUGCUGGGCAUCCUGGCCACCGACGCCGCGAUCUCUGCACCAGCACUGAAAUCCCUGCUGAUCUCCGCGGUCGAAAAGUCAUUCAACUCCAUUUCCAUUGACGGCGACACGUCCACGAACGACACAGUCGCCAUCCUCGCCAACGGCGCCGCCACGCCCUCAGCCAGCACCUCACCGAUCCCCGACGACACCUCAUCCGCAGACUACGCCGCCAUGUCCGAGGUGCUGACAUCCUUCGCGCAGCGCCUCUCCCAACUAGUCGUGCGCGACGGCGAAGGCGCCACGAAAUUUGUACAAGUCAGUGUGCGCAACGCGCCCACCGUCGCCGACGCGAAGCUAAUUGCAUCGACCAUCGCGCGCUCCCCGCUCGUUAAGACCGCUCUGUACGGCAAGGACGCGAAUUGGGGCCGCAUCCUGUGCGCGAUUGGAUACACGCCGAACCUGAGCUCGAGCGACGUGGUGGUCCCGUCUAAGAUGAACGUCAGCUUCGUGCCCGCCGCGACGUCCAAGUCGAAAGAUGAGGGCGUACUGAAGCUACUUGUCCACGGUGAGCCUGAGGCCGUCAACGAAGAGCGUGCGGCUAGGUUGCUCGAGGACGAGGAUCUCGAGAUCGAGGUCGAUCUCGGCACCGGGUCCGAAGAGGCGCAGUAUUGGUUCUGUGACUUUAGUCAUGAGUAUGUCACCAUUAAUGGCGACUACCGCACGUGA